GAUUGUGGCUCACCAGAGGUUGACUACUGUCGUAGUCGAGUUUUGUCCGUCCCAUGGAGACCAAAGAGCAGCUGCGUCAGAGGCCGAUCAAGGAGCUGAAGGAGUUGCUUCGCCAGGAAGGCUACAACCCGGACGAUAUCGUGGGAGUUGAGAAAGAUGAACUGGUCACCAAGCUGUGGGUUCUGCGCCAGAAUCCUGUGGAAGAGGAUCCCUUUCCCUUGCCGCUCUACUCCAAUUGCUGGCAGCAGUUCGUCCUUCGAGCUUUGCUGCUGCUGGGGGUGCAGUGGUUCCUCCUGUCCUUCUUCGUGGCUGCACACAUCAAUCUGCUGAUACAGCUCGCUGUCACAGCGCUGCUUGGUGUUCGCAACUGGUUGGUCCGUGAAGAGAAGAUCAUCCGCAGACGGAAGCGUUGUUGAUUGCGCAA